AUGGCAGAUCCAAAGUACGAGAACCUUCCUGGAAUUGCCUACGACCAGCCUGAUGUGUAUGAAACAGUUGAUUUGCCGGAAGCUGAUCAACAAGAUCCGUUUGAGGAAGAAGACAAUGAGUGCAUUGAGCAAUUACAUCUCUCUGUUAAGGACUCUUUCAAUAAGUUUAAAGGAAAGUUUCUUACUGGAAAUGUUGACUUCUCAGAUCGAUUAAGCAGAAAAAGUAGAAUAGGAUACAGAUCUGGUGACUGGGAGUUGGCUGCCAUGGACGAAAUAGAGACAGCAAUAGAGAAGUAUAACCGGCUCAAAUGUGAGUUUUCUGAUCUUCUUAAGCAAGUUUCUGAACAGCAGAAAAGCGCCUGUGAAAGUGAGAAGGAUGAAUAUUCAAAGUUAGCUGCACAAAUAACAACAACAAAGAAAUUACUAGAAGAACUUAAACUAGAGGAAGGAGAACAAGUAGAUCCUAAAGCUGAGAAACUUAAAGAAUAUUUGUCAAAGAGUGGAAAAAAGAAGAAUGGUGAAUCGGUGACUGCACAUUUGAAACUGAAGCCUGAUGUCAAUUUAGCACAGACAACAAGAAUUGCUCAACUAGAACACAGGCUACAUAAGUUGGAACAAGUAGCUGGUGUAAGAGAUGAAGAAGCAUUCCAAAGGCUUCAGACUGUAACUGGUGAGGCGACUCUAUGCGGCGCUGCAGCGUCGCUAGCAAAUCAAGCGAACCUUUUGCGCCCCGCGGAAGUGGCUGCGGCCGAAGCAAGAGUUACCUCACUUUUAUCUAAUGUGGAGGCUCUUAAAGCAGCCUGUAAGCCACCGGAGCCCGAACUUCAGUCAAAGGUUGAUGAGUUACACAAACUAUUGAAACAAAUAGAUGGUAUCUCGCACUCCGAAAUAUUGGAACGAAUGGAGGCUCUUGAAGCUUUACAUAAUCAAGCAAGCAACUUUGGAAAAUCGCUCACAGAGCUUGAAACUCUACAGAGCACCAUAGCGAAUGGUGCCCAAAAUAAUAAACAGCUACUUCAAGGAGUACAAGAAGUUUUUGCACAUAACAUUGACAGUCUGCAAAAGGAAAUCAAGAAACUGGAUGAAAGGAUUGGCAAACUCUCAGCGUGA